CUGCAUCCCAUUGCCUGGACCAGGGGGAGGUCUAUAAGCCCGCAAGGGAAAAACAAGAAUCUGGUCAGUAGAGGAGUCAGGGGUGAGUGCUAGCCAACUUUGCAUCCCCUGGGCCGGACCUCCAGAGGGGCAGAGGAUUCAGGAGGUUGGACAGCAUAAGUGCACAAAGGCGAGGCUACUGUUGAGUCAGGCUCUGUGAGGCUCCAAGCCCUGCAGCUUCGGGUACCUGUAGCCAAAAACCCACUCCCUGCUUCUUCUUCCUGUGGAGCAGAGGUCAUAAGGCUGCUGGGGAGGAAAUGGCGCAUAAAUACGGGAGAGGAGCUGGCCAUUCAGGAGGCUCCCCCACCUCAGGAUAGAUCUUAGAAGGAGCAGAGGGUACUGAGGAUUUUGAACCGGGUUUUGCCAGACCUAGAUGUAAGGUUUCUGGUCCAGGUGUGCUCCCAGUUUUUCCUGAAAAACAAUAGCUUUAACAAAGAAUCAUAGUCAGGUCAAAAGAGCCCUCAGGGGGCCAGCCCACACUGAAAGUUGGUCACUCAGAGGUGCACAAAGUCUGCCACUUUCCCUUCUUAACUUCAACUGACAUAUUAUGUGCUCUGUCCCUAACUUGUCCAAUAAUCUAACAUCAGCUUACGGGAGUCAUUACUGUCUGUCCUAUCAUCACAAAAAAACACUAAACAAACAAACAACAGACAACACAAAGAAACCACAAUAUCCAGACAACAACUGCUGUGCCUAGUCCACAGGCACCAGCCAAAAGCAGUUUCAGAUGAAGAGGUCUUUGAAGUUUCUCUUCCAAGAGGAACACAGAACCUCUUCUACCCAAUAGGAGACCACCAGGCGUCCCUGGCUCUCCUGUUGCCCUGAAGCAUCCCUCAGGGUGCAUCUUGUGGUCCUCCCGACACGUCUGUUGACCACAGCUUCUGAGCUUUACAGCUCCAGAAAGCGGCUGCAAAACCAAAGUGCUUUUCAGAUACUAACCAGAACCAGAACAGAGACACAGACAGCGGCCGCACACUCAGACACAAUUGGGGACCCCCUUACCUCCAAGAAGGUCUUUGAAGUUGUGGGUGGUUGCGAGAUCCCGGACGAGCCCCUAAAUGAAAGACCAUGGGGUGGGGAAGACCCCCACUCAAAUCUCGAGACGACGCAACCCCCCAAGAACUCAUGAGAAACGAGUCUUGAUGUAAUAAACAAGAGGUAUAUUUGAGGAACUAGAGCUCUGGGAACAACACAUAUCUUACACAGGAGACAGAGGAGUCAACCCUAAGCCCUAUUAGGGGAAGGUAUUUAUAGGGAAAAUUACAUAGGUAGUUGGCAACAGUCACAGAAAGCAAAUUCAUUGGUUUGUAACUUGGGCUGAGUUCAACUCUAGGCCACCCUGCUUCUGGGGCAAGUUGACCCUAAUUCUCUUUUUUCUCAGGACUGUUGAGUCAGGCCUUAUCGAAGCCAGAUGAUUUGGGAUGGCUAUAGACAGGCUACAUCCCCAAAACAUGUUAUGUGAGGUGCCUCAGUGUGAGGUGCACUUCUCCUCACAGCAGGGUCAGUGGGGGAUAGUUUAAAAUCUUUAUUCUUUCAGAAUCAUGGCAGUGAUCAAAGAGCUAGUACAAAUGGAUCUCUAUGUGCUGCAGGGCGUCGAAGAGAAGGCGACAGACAAAGAGGUGAAGAAGGCCUACAGACAAAAAGCACUCUCCUGCCACCCAGAUAAAAAUCUAGAUAACCCCAGAGCAGCUGAACUCUUCCACCAGCUGUCCCAGGCCUUGGAGGUACUGACUGAUGCUGCAGCCAGGGCUGCCUAUGACAAGGAGAGGAAAGCCAGGAAGCAGGCUGCAGAGAGGAACCAGAGACUUGACGAGAACAGGAAGAAACUGAAGCUCGACCAGGAGGCCAGGGAGUGGGAGGCCCAGGCCACUGAGGAAGAGGAGGAGAGCAGGAACACCACCACACUAGAGCAGGAGAUGGCUCGAUUACGAGAAGAGGGUUCCCGUCAGUUGGAAGAGCAGCAAUGGCUGAUCCAGGAGCAGAUCCGCCAGGACCGAGAACAGAGGCUGAGAGGAAGAACAGAAAAUAGAGAAGGCAAAAGAAACCCCAAACUAAAGCUUAAGUGGACGUGCAAGAAGGAGGAUGAGUCCCAAGGGGGCUACUCCAGAGAUGUCCUCCUGAGGCUUUUACAUAAGUAUGGGGAGGUUCUCAACUUGGUAGUUUCCGGAAGGAAGCCAGGCAAUGUCAUAGUGGAGAUUGCAACUGUCAGAGCUGCGGAGUUGGCCGUCAGAAAUGAAGUGGGCCUGGCUGACAACCCUCUGAAGGUUUCCUGGUUGGAGGGACAGCCCCAGGGCACGGUGGACCCCAGUACCCCAGGACUGUUGAAGGGCUCAGUGUUGUCAGAAAGGGAAUAUAAGAGUCUGGUCAUGAUGGGCAUGCAUCAGGCCACUGAGUGAUGGCAGCUGAUGGCGCAGAUGCAGCAGGAAGAUGAGGUGCGGCCCACGUAGUCGGACUUCAGCCUUCCCACCCCACACCCUUUUCUGAGUCUUCACCAAUAAACUUUUUACAAAACAAACAAAAAGAAAACCAAAUAUGUAUAAUAUGUAAUGGAUAAUUUCUAAUUCUGAUGGCCUGUUGCAUUUGAAUAAAGUUAAUUCAUUGUUAUCAGGGACAAAUUCAACAGUCCCUAUAGGCAAAAUAACCCUGCAUUCAAAGAAUCAGUAAUUACCUUAAGAGGUUCAGGAUAUUCCAAUACCAUAAGGAUAGCAUGCAAUUCUGACUUCUGAAUUGAUGUGGACUUUUGACCACCAUGCUUAUUUUAUCUGACUUACAUCCUGCCAUACCCAUCUUGUUUACAUCAGAAUAAAAAGUUAGCACAGAACACAACAUCUUG